AUGUGGGAUGGGGAGCUGGGGUUUGGCACGUCCGCCUUCCAAGAGAUGGGUCCUGCAAACUGCCCGGCACCCUGCGUUAACUUCAGCCCUGGAGCUGUCCGAGGGGGCUUGCUGGCCUUAGUCACACACCGGGGGCUCAGCACCUGUCGACAGUUUCACAACCGAUCGGGGCCCCCAUUUUGGGGGCACACAGAAAUCGGGAGGGCCUUCUGGCCACCUUUGUUGCCAGAUGAGAGAGAAUUUCAAUAUGCCGCUAAAAUGAACAAUUUGGAAACCAUGGAAAAGCUGUUUAAAAAGAAUGUUAAUAUAAAUGCUGUAGAUACUCUGAAGCGCACUGCGUUCCAUUUUGCUGUUGCAAGAAGUCAUAUGUCGGUGGUGGAUUUUCUUCUCCAUCACAAAGCUAGACUUGAUAUGGCAGAUCAGCAUGGCCUGACAGUGAUUCAUCUUGCAGCUUGGAGUGGAAAUCUGGAUAUAAUGAGAAAAUUAGUUAAAGCAGGCGCUGAUCAAAAGGCUAAGAAUGAGGAAGGAAUGAAUGUACUGCACUUUGCAGCUCAGAACAACAGCGUUAAAAUAGUUGAUUAUUUUCUCCAAGAUCUUCAUCUGAAUGACUUGAACAAGCCUGAUGGGAAAGGUAGAAAGCCAUUUCUUCUGGCAUCUGAAAAAGGCCAUGUUGACAUGGUAAACAACUUGAUUAUUCUGAAGCUGUUUACGUCUGAAAAAGAUAAGGAGGGAAACACAGCAUUGCAUCUAGCAGCCAAAAAUGGUCACAGCGAAGUUGUAGAAAUUCUGCUCGAACAGUGGGAGGAAAUAAAUGACCUCAAUCAGAAUGGAGAAACUCCUUUUUACUUGUCUGUUGAAGGAGGUCAUGAAAAAUGUGCUGAACUCCUACUGGAAGCAGGGAGCGACAUCAACAUUUUAACUCUAAAAAAUAGCAGUGCUUUGCAGAUUGCAAUUCAGAAUGGACAUCUAUCCUUGGUUACUUUUCUUAUUGAUAAGAGUAUUGACCUGGUUCCUAAACCCGAGCAGAAGAAUUCCCCUCUCCAUUUAGCAGUCAUCAAUAAUCAUCUACCAGUAGUAAAAAGCCUCUUGGAUGCCAAUCAUGAUAUAAACUCCUUAAAUCACAGGCAGGAAACCCCUCUACAUGUGGCUGCAGAUCUUGGCAAUGUGGAGCUGGCGGAAGUGCUGCUGAAGGCAGGCUGUGAUCUCAAGAUUGUGGAUAAGCAUGGAAAAACUGCGCUAGCUGUGGCAUCAAGGAGCAAUCAUGCCCUGAUUGUAGAUAUGAUCAUUAAAGCAGAAAGGUAUUAUGCCAUGAAACAGGAACAUCUAGCUCAUAGUGAUGAUGAUGGGUCAGACUUAAGCUUGUCCUUCAAACAAGAUCAUAGUACACAGACCAAGCAAAUCCGUUCUUCCCUGUGGAAUCUAGCAUACAAUCAGUUAAAACCCCAGGAAUGGAAAAAAAUGGCCCUGUUCUGGAAGUUCACGGAUGAACAAAUUAAAGCUAUUGAAGAACAAUGGACAGGGAAAAAAAGUUAUAAGGAACAUGGAAACAGAAUGUUGCUCAUCUGGUUACAUGGUAUAUUGCUGGCUCAUCAGAAUCCUGUCAAGCACAUCUAUGAGGAUCUGGUGGAAGCAGGAUUUCAGCCUUUAGCUGAGAAGAUCAGAGCUGCAAGUAGCACUGACCUGGACUCCAGAAAAUGUGCAGUUUCGUGA